GGUCGGUGCCGUUCGGGGCUCCUCUAGCGCGGCCGCCAGCCCGGCUCGGCCCAGCGGUGAUGGGCAAGCUGGCAGGCAGGCUGGCCCUUGGGCCCGCCUUGCAGGUGCCGCAGCCGAGCCGGGCUGCCGCCGCGUGAGGCAGCGGGAGUCACUGCCGCGGGGGAGGCGCAGUCUGGUGGCGGCGGGGGGCGGGACGGAGCGGCCCCGUCCUCCGGAUAAACCGCCGGGCGGCUUCAGACCGGGCAGGCGGCGGAGAUGGACCGGCGUGUGCUGGGCUGAGGCGACGGGAGGGGGUGGUUCUGUCGAAAUGGAGCUCAGUGAUGCCAAUUUACAGACUUUAACUGAGUAUCUAAAGAAAACACUAGAUCCAGAUCCUGCUAUAAGGCGUCCUGCGGAAAAGUUUCUUGAGUCAGUUGAAGGAAGCCAGAAUUAUCCGUUGUUACUCUUAACACUGCUGGAGAAAUCACAGGAAAAUGUCAUCAAAGUUUGUGCAUCUGUAACCUUCAAGAAUUAUAUUAAAAGGAACUGGAGAAUUGUUGAGGAUGAACCGAACAAAAUAUGUGAAUCAGACAGGAUAGCGAUUAAAGCCAACAUAGUGCCCUUGAUGCUUAGCAGCCCAGAACAAAUUCAAAAGCAGUUGAGUGAUGCUAUUAGUAUUAUUGGGCGGGAAGACUUUCCUCAGAAAUGGCCGGACUUACUGACAGAAAUGGUGAAUCGCUUUCAAAGUGGAGAUUUCCAUGUCAUUAAUGGGGUCCUUCGCACUGCUCACUCUUUAUUUAAAAGGUACCGACAUGAAUUUAAGUCCAAUGAAUUAUGGACAGAGAUCAAACUCGUACUUGAUGCCUUUGCUUUGCCCUUGACAAAUCUCUUUAAGGCAACUAUUGAACUUUGCAGCACACAUGCAAAUGAUGCUAGUGCUUUGAAGGUUCUCUUUUCUUCUCUCAUUCUAAUCGCGAAGCUGUUCUACAGUUUAAAUUUUCAGGAUCUUCCCGAGUUUUUUGAAGAUAACAUGGAGACGUGGAUGACAAAUUUUCAUACUCUUUUAACUUUAGAUAAUAAACUUUUGCAGACUGAUGAUGAAGAAGAAGCUGGAUUACUGGAGCUCUUGAAAUCACAAAUUUGUGAUAAUGCUGCUUUAUAUGCUCAAAAAUAUGAUGAAGAAUUCCAGCCCUACCUGCCGCGUUUUGUAACAGCAAUCUGGAAUCUGUUAGUCACAACAGGCCAGGAAGUGAAAUAUGACUUGCUGGUUAGUAAUGCAAUCCAGUUUCUGGCCUCAGUUUGUGAGAGACCACAUUACAAGCAUCUGUUUGAAGACCAGAAUACAUUGACAAGCAUCUGUGAAAAAGUUAUUGUUCCCAAUAUGGAAUUUAGAGCGGCUGAUGAAGAAGCAUUUGAAGAUAAUUCUGAAGAAUAUAUAAGAAGGGAUUUGGAAGGAUCUGACAUCGACACCAGGCGCAGAGCAGCUUGUGACCUAGUCAGAGGCUUGUGCAAAUUUUUUGAAGGACCUGUGACAGGGAUUUUUUCUGGAUAUGUUAAUUCUAUGCUGCAAGAAUAUGCAAAGAAUCCAUCUGUUAACUGGAAGCACAAAGACGCAGCUAUUUACCUUGUUACGUCUUUGGCAUCCAAAGCUCAAACACAGAAGCAUGGAAUAACACAAGCCAAUGAACUUGUUAAUCUGACAGAAUUCUUUGUGAAUCACAUUCAACCUGACUUAAAGUCCGCUAGUGUGAAUGAAUUCCCUGUGCUAAAAGCAGAUGGUAUCAAAUAUAUCAUGAUUUUUAGAAACCAAGUACCGAAAGAACAACUGUUGAUAUCUAUUCCUCUCUUAAUCAAUCAUCUUCAAGCGGAAAGUAUUGUGGUCCAUACUUAUGCAGCCCACGCUCUUGAAAGACUGUUUACCAUGAGGGGGACAAAUAAUACUACCCUCAUUACAGCUGCAGAAAUGGCACCGUUUGUAGAAGUGCUAUUAACAAAUCUUUUUAAAGCUCUGACACUUCCUGGCUCAUCUGAAAAUGAAUACAUCAUGAAAGCCAUCAUGAGGAGUUUUUCUCUGCUCCAGGAAUCCAUAAUUCCAUACAUCCCUUCUGUGAUCACACAGCUUACACAGAAACUGCUGGCUGUCAGUAAGAAUCCAAGCAAACCUCACUUUAAUCACUACAUGUUUGAAUCAAUAUGCUUGUCGAUAAGGAUAACAUGCAAAGCAAACCCUGAUGCAGUUGGAAGCUUUGAAGAGGCUUUGUUUAUGGUGUUCACUGAGAUACUACAAAAUGAUGUGCAAGAGUUCAUUCCAUAUGUGUUUCAAGUGAUGUCCCUACUUCUAGAAAUGCAUAAAAAUGAAAUUCCAUCAUCCUAUAUGGCAUUGUUUCCUCAUCUACUUCAGCCAGUAUUAUGGGAAAGGACAGGAAACAUUCCUCCUUUGGUCCGACUCCUGCAGGCUUAUUUAGAGCGGGGUGCCAAUACAAUAGCAAGUGCUGCUGCUGACAAAAUUCCUGGAUUGUUAGGUGUGUUCCAGAAGUUGAUUGCCUCUAAAGCUAAUGACCAUCAAGGAUUCUAUCUUCUAAACAGUAUUAUAGAGCACAUGCCUCCUGAAUCAGUUGACCAGUACAGGAAACAGAUCUUCAUUCUACUGUUCCAAAGACUUCAAAAUUCCAAAACAACAAAAUUUAUCAAAAGUUUCCUAGUCUUCAUUAACUUGUACUGCAUAAAAUAUGGGGCGUUAGCUCUGCAGGAAAUAUUUGACAGCAUACAGCCAAAGAUGUUUGGAAUGGUUUUGGAGAAAAUUAUAAUUCCUGAAAUCCAGAAAGUGUCUGGACAAGUUGAAAAGAAAAUCUGUGCUGUUGGCAUUACAAAAAUAUUAACAGAAUGUCCUCCUAUGAUGGACACAGAGUACACUAAGCUGUGGACUCCUUUGCUGCAGGCCCUCAUUGGCCUUUUUGAACUGCCUGAAGAUGACACUGUCCCUGAUGAAGAACACUUCAUUGACAUAGAAGAUGCUCCAGGAUAUCAGACUGCAUUCUCUCAGCUAGCCUUUGCUGGAAAAAAAGAACACGAUCCCGUAGGUCAAAUGGUGAACAACCCUAGAAUCCAUCUGGCACAGUCUCUUCACAAACUGUCUACAGCGUGCCCAGGCAGGGUUCCAUCAAUGCUGAGUACUAGUCUGAAUGCAGAAGCGUUGCAGUAUCUCCAAGGAUACCUCCAAGCUGCAAGUGUGACACUGCUCUGAAUUGCAUAUAUUCCACAAGCAACAUCAAAAGCUGUUUUGUUAUACAGAAGGUUGACACUGACUUUUUUUUUAUAGCAGAGCUCAGACAAAAUGAAAAAUGCUACUUGAAAAUGUAUUGCAGAAUCCAUCUUGUAAAUGAUAAAUGUGGCUUUAAGCAGAAAUUGAAAGAAUUUGGUGGUUUGUGUACUCAUAGGUAAAAGGUGGCUAACUUUCAUUCCCAGUUUAAUUUCAAAGGGAAUAGUCAUAGCAGUUUGUUAUGGGAUUUAUUUGAAAUCUGCACCUGCAGUGUUUGGGUAACAUUUUGACAUGUAUGGAGAGCACUGGCUGUAGAAACUCACUUCGGUCACUAAAAUUCCUUUUCAUUUUGAUGUUGUCCUUUGUAUUUCUUUUGUCUUUCCUUAAACUUUAUCUAAAUUGUGAAUAAAUAACAAGUACUUGUUUAAAAUGCCUGUCACUGUGCGCUUACUGUUUUAGAAGAAUGUAGUUGGCUUAAAAAAAGAUAAUGUUUAAAACUUAGGAUAGAAUAUAAAAUAGUGGGACUGUGAGGAUUUUUCUUUAUCUUAAGUAAUAGUUUAAAUACAUUGCAGGAUCAUACAGAGCAAAUCUAAAGCUUUGGCAGAAGAUCCAAAGCUAUUCUCACUCUUGAUAUUCAUCAACAGGUGCACCCCUUCUCUUUGAACAAGUCAUGUCAGUAUAGAGCAGCAAAAGCAACUAAUACACCCUCUUGGAGCCGGUGUCAGUCUCCACAUGGAUUUUUAGUGAUGUAUUAAAACUGAAGCAGUGAUCUUAGAGUUAAGUUUAACUCGGAUGUUCUCCCUGUCUCCUCAUAAAUAUGCUGAUUAGGUUUGGUAGCCUUGAGUUCCAGUUGCAUCGGUUUACCUUAGUUAUGACUGUUUAAGUGACUAGUUCAACGCCUGAGCCUUACUCCAUUCUCAGGUGGCCUGGGCACCAAACUACUAGACCAUAGGCUUUGGAGCACUGGUACUGCAGGGAUAUAAAUCAAUCUAAUUAUUCAAGAGUUUUUCAGUCUGUAUAAGAGUGAAGUCUCAGACUUGUGUGAUAUUAAGCAAUGUCGUACAUGACAGAUUUUUUUUGUUUUUAGUUAGUUAUCCACAGAAAUUCUGCAGAUGACGAAUCAGGACUGGUUUUUUGUAGCUAGAAUGUCUGUUGAAGCUGGGCCUUGUAUCAAGAAAGUUACUGGAUUUACUGGGGGUGAAACAGAGCAGAAUCAGCUGUCUCUUUCUUCCUUAGUAUCUGUGGCUGCCAUGUGAGAGUGCAUGCUGACCAUACCUCUUCAUACAUAAAGAAGUGAGUUGCUUAUUAGACAAUGGAUUUAAACUAUUAAGUGCCUAAAAAUGUAUUAAAUGAGUCAGCAUCAACAGGUUUUCUUGAAUCUGGUCUGUCACGCGAUGUCAGACCCUCUUUGUUCAUAGGUAUGAAGUGAAAGCAGUUCUUAAGUGUGAAAUAAUACAGUGGUGAUGAUGAAAAGCAUCUGCCUUAAUGCUGAUGAGAGAGACUGUGAUGUGUGUUACAAGUUUGCCAAAGCGCCUUGCAGAAUGAAUUUCAAUAGACAGGCUGAAACCACAUGGGAGAUGUGUGACAUUUGUAAGGAACUGGCUGCCUACCUCGAAUGGCAACUUUAAUGGAGCUGUGGUCAUUCAAAUCCUGCAAGCCAAAAGAACACUCAGAACUCUGUCUGCUCUGCAGCUUUGUCUUUUUUCCGUGGAUAAUAGGGAGAACAGUUCUACAGAGAACUCGCAGACCUUUUUUUGCUAUCAGCCUCAACCAGAAUUAAAUUGGUACUGGUGGUCAUGUAACAGCAAUUUGACGUGCUGCCUUUGCAUCUACUCAAGUAGACAGUUCAUUAUGCAUGUAUGCUAGAUAACCUUGUGCUGAAAUGGGGUUCUUCAGCACUGUGCUCUAUCAAGGGGCUUGUAUUAGACCAUCUUAGUUCUGCAGUUCUAAGCAAGAUUUCUUUAGGGACCAGGUUGCUGAGAUAUGUGAGCAAACAGAUGUUUCUUACCUUACCAGUACCAAUGCAGAUGGAACUGGACAGGAUUUACAGCAAGUCAGAACUUUUUUGUUCCAAGGUAGCCAAAGAAAAAUUGGCUCCUCUGAGUGGAAAACUAUCAGUGACUCUUGAUGUUCACUAUCUUGCACUUCCUGCAACGUGUGACUUUUUGUUGUUGGACAGACAUUCCGUGUGAAUAAGUGCCUAAGUGACUUCAGAUCAACAAAUACUAGUGGCAUACUUGUCCUUUAGUUCAGAGUUGAGUAACUUAGACUUUGUAGACAUGGCUGUGGCUGUGGCACUGUUAGUGACGUGUUAUUUAGUCCUGACAUAUUCUGCAGAUUUCAUAAGGCAUGCGGGUGUUUGUAUAGAGCACUUACCCUUUCAGGGAAAUGAACUUUUCAAGUGUAGUGCAGGCAAGCAGAGGCAUCUCCGUGUCUACAGGCAAAUGUUACUGGCAGCACCCUCACCUUCAUUUAGGUGGAGACCUUAUUGCUACUUCUGACACCUCCUGUUCUCAAGAUUCAGAAGGCAACGCAAUGUUCCAACUAUAGUUAUCUGUUAAUUUUAGUGGAAACUGAUGCAAGCGAUGUCAUAACAGUUUUUCGCAAGAUUGUUGAACUUUUCUAGGCCACUCUUCAGUAUAUCCCUUCUUAAACACUUGGCAAAUACCAUUUUCUUUAGAAAGCUCAGGCUGGAAACAUCUGGUGUCAAUGGAUCUUCUGCAGACUUGGGAGUAUUUCAUUCAAUGUUAGACAGUUAACUCCUGCCCAUCACCUGAGAUCUUCUUCUGAAACACUUCUGAAAAUAAGUAGCCAAUUAUCCCUUGCAGCUACUAAUGGUAAAUUAUUCAAAUUCAAGAGGAAAAAGAUUGUUUCUUCCUUUUUGAGUACGAAAUGGGCAAAGGGCCACCUAUUUUGGGAUCUUUUGACACCAGAGAGCUCUAUCUACUGUCCUUUUUUGGAGCCUACUGACUGACUUGUGGCUGUCAGCUUCUAACUAACCUUCUGAGGCUUUUGUAGCUGAAGAAAUACCUGAUUGUUGGUUUAAGGAGGAAAAAAAAAAUUAAAAAUAAACCACCGCCACCCUCAAGACCAGUACAUAUUCCUGUUUUCUUGGGUUGUGAAUGGGCCACAGUACUACCAGCAUUCCUGCAAUGGUGGCAGUGCAUACUAAAGCAAAGUUCUGUCUCUCUUAUUUCUUCAUAUAAAUACACGCUAAGAUAAGAGUCAUCCUCUCAGUGAGCCAGACAUUGCAUUCUAAAAAUUCUCUGAUGAGGCCAGAGCACCUUCUUUCUCUCCGCUGACUUCUGCUUUCAGAAAACUGGAUUUUUCUUCAGGCGCUCAGUUGCUUGCUGGAAUGUGCCUUCCAUCAGGCUGCACUACUUUGGUUGUUGCAGAUACUUUUGUACUCAUUCUGUGACCUUUCCACGAGAACAGCCUUCCUGAGCGCUGUAACAUUGUUGGGAAGGGGUAGACCAGAUCAGAGCUGACAGAGCAUGAGCUGACCUUAAGGCAUCGUGUGAGAUUCCAGCUCAAAGCUGGUCACAGCAAUCUAUUGUUUACAGUUCUUCACCCUUCCCUGAAGUUUGCUCAUUUUUGUACAUUUUUUGUCAAAAAUGCUGCUGAAAUGCUGAAACAUUUUGAUGAAACUCUGGAAGAAGUUUGCAGUGCAGCAUCUGUACACCUGUGCUAACUGGGAUAAAACCAGUGUGGCUGUGGCAGUGCUGAGAUCUAGGCGUCCAGCUGUAUCUACUGGAGUGGAUUGUCUCCCUGACAAAUAGAGUGCACAGGAGUUCAUGGAAAGCUGGUUUGGACACAGCUAUACCCUGUGCUCAUGAAUGGCUUUGGCGCUUUCCUGCUCCCAAAGCUCCCCAUGUCACAUCUUGAUUUUUAUCUUAAAACAGCUUAAUCCUUUCUUCACAGAAACAAUAGUAUUUCUCAGUACCUGUUACCUGUUUUGCAGAUUCUGUCAACAAAAAAAAGCUGAAAGAAGAGUCAUGUAUUUUUUUAACUCUCAGCAGUAUUACAAGGACACUUUCUCCUGUUUCAGGCAUUUACUUUUAAAAUUGUGCAGUUGUUAACUGACCGAGAUGUGCUCCAGGCAGGACUUCUCUCUGAACAUUUAAAUCUAUCUGUAAAUCUACCUAGCUAUCAGAAAGCAGGAUAAAUCUUUAUUUCCCCUUAGCUUUCUACCCUUACUUAUUUAAAUCAAGUCAUUUUUGCCUUUAAUAUAGUUUAGAGGAAAUCUGAGGUGUUCCUGGGGAAUAUGGGCUAUAAUAGUAGUUACUAGCUAGUACAUGAAAAGCUUGGUGGCUUCUGUUGACACCUAGUUGCAAAGUGACUAUAGGCUUUAAAAUUUUCUCUCUAAAUAAUAAUCUUCUAAUUCACAUGAGGUCAAAGCUUAUGCUGGACUUACUGUAUUGUAUUCAAGAUGAGAAUAGAAGAAAAUACCUUAAUAAUAAAGGAAUAAAUCUUAAUAGAAAGUAAAAGGUAUUUUGUUACAAAUGAGUUAACAUGUCAGAAAAGCAGAAUAAAGGGGCUUUAGCACAGCUAGUUCAUAUAUUUAGCUUCCUAGUAAAAAGUUUCCAUUUUCAAAAGCUGUGAAGAGAAAUUCACACUCUGGUUUUGUGCCUGAUAUAAGAAGUAUUUUGAAGUAAUUAUUUAACAAAGAAAAUAUAUUAAUAACAAAUAUCAGAUUUCUACAUGAACAUCUGAAAAUACUGUAAUUACAGUACUGCUUCCUUUGUAAAAUUAAAUGUAAGUUUCAAAUACUUUACAAAUUAUUAUUAGCUAGAAAUAGGUCUCUGUCCUUGUUUAAGCUGCUGCAUAAAGAAGAGUGGAAAAGUCUCUUGUAACAUUUUCAAAUAAUUAAUAAUCACACGUGUACUGGAGGAGUAAAUAUCCUUCAAAGGGAAAGACAAACAUGUUGGGUAUUUGAAGUGGUGUGUCACGUGCUCCUCGGACUUUUGAAUUACAUAUAUAUUUGCUUAAAUUAUGGUCAGCUUUGUAAUCUGGCUGUGGAUACUUUUUGUCCCAAUUGUGCAGAUUUUACACUUAUCCAGAAGUCAAUUUUCUGGAAAAAGAGAACAUAAAACUGAAUUUUUAAUGUAAGUCAAUCUGGGGGAAAAAAAAAGCUAGCUUUGUCAUUCCCUGUCUCCACCUAACUUUCUACGAAAAACCUGCACAAAUGUUGUUUCUGUUACAGACAACAUGAAGCCUUGCAGUGAUGAUUACACAACAAUUGAAACGUCAUUUCCUUCUGAAAUAUAACUGUUGCUGGCUUAGAAUAAUUAAAGCAUCUAACAGCACAUAUUAUUAUGCAACAGACCACAAGAACAUAUGAAUAGAUGUUUAAAUGUGAUAUGGGAUAUAUAUCUAUAUACUUAUAUUCUGGAGAAUGUCUUUUAAAUGCUAUAUUGUCAAUUGAUUUUAAGUGUACGAUGUAUUUUCUUUAUGGUAUCUUUGGAAUCCAUAUCAGUAUUAAAUACAGACAUGGAGCUUUAGGUAUA